AUGGAAAAAAUAUCACCAAUUUCGUUAGCAGAACAUUCAUGGGAUAACGUGGGAAAAUUAAUAGAACCACCAUAUCCAAGACCAUCAUCACGAGUAUUUCUUACAAUAGAUUUAACACCCUCGGUAUUAGAAGAAGCUCUCUCCGAUCAAAAAGUUGGAGUUAUUAUAGCUUAUCAUCCACCAAUUUUUCGUUCUUUUAAAAGAUUAACUUUAGACGAUUCCAAACAAGCUAUUAUAUUAAAAAGCAUCGCUCAUGGUGUUGGCAUAUUUAGUCCUCAUACUGCUAUUAAUGAUUGGCUGGCAAAAGGACUUGGAUCGGGAAAUGUAAAGCCUAUAACUCCGGCACCAAAUCCACCUCAAGAUCACGAAGAAGCUGGAUUAGGCAGGAUAUUUACUUUAGAUCAACCAGUGUCGCUUUCAACUAUAAUUGAAAGAGUGAAACAGCAUUUGAAGCUUCAACAUGUUAGAGUUGCAACAACGAAUAAACAUUCAUCUGGAGGACUAAUUUUGACAAUUGGAAUAUGUGCUGGUUCAGGUUCUUCGGUACUUUCACGCGCUACAGCUGAUAUAUAUUUUACGGGAGAAAUGUCUCAUCAUGAUGUUCUUGCUGCAUUGGAUAAAGAUACCAGUGUAAUUUUAUGCGAACAUUCAAAUACGGAAAGAGGAUAUCUUUCCGAAAUACUGAAACCAAAAUUAGAACAAUUAUUUAAAGAUGAUGGUGAGAAGGAAAUUAUCGAUGUAGUG